AUGGCCAGUCCACGAACACGCCGGGUCCUCAAAGAACUGAGACCUCUAGAUGAUAAUAAUUUUUGCUUCGAAUGCGAAGCCAACAAUCCGCAGUGGGUAUCUGUGUCCUAUGGAAUAUGGAUCUGUCUUGAGUGCUCUGGUAUUCACCGUAGUUUGGGUGUUCAUUUGAGUUUUGUUCGCUCAGUGACUAUGGACAAGUGGAAGGACAUCGAAUUGGCCAAAAUGAAAGCCGGAGGCAAUCGAAAAUUUGCCGAGUUUUUGCAGUCUCAGCCGGAUUAUAAGGAGAAGUGGACUAUUCAGGAGAAAUACAAUUCAAGAGCAGCUGCUCUCUUCCGAGAUAAGGUUGCGUGCGAAGCUGAAGGGCGUGAAUGGUCUCAGUCUACAUCUCCGGCUAACAAUUACGUUGUUCCUACUCUCGGAGGAAUGGGUGCUCGUUCAAACUCCUCGACCAAUAAAUCUUCUGGAAAUUCAUCUCUUGGUUCUUACUAUGGAGGGAAUUCUAGUUACUCCCAAUCCACAGGAGAUGGAUCUUACUCUUCUCAAGAUUCAGGAAGCAAGUACCAAGGUUUCGGAAAUACUGGAUAUGUUCCCAACCAGUCGAAUAAUGGUGGAGAUGACCUUCUAGCUGGAGCAAUGUCAGGUCUUUCUAUGGGUUGGUCGAUGUUAUCAAAAGGAGCUUCUCAAGCGGCUGCCAUGGCGAAGGACGUUGGAAUGCAAGCACAGCAGAAAGCUUCGCAAUUGAGUGAAAAUGUGUCUCAAAACAACUCUAUCUUCGGUGGUGUUGCUAGUAAAGCAUCCGAAGUUGGAACCAAAUCAUGGGAUGGUUUUUCUCAAUUUGUGAAGUCACCAUCCCUUAACGCAUUUUCGGGUAUUCUCUCUAAAACUGGAUAUGAAGAUUUUGGAAACGGUGGAAUGUCUGGUUCCUCAUCUCAAAACGAGUUUAAUGACUGGCUGAAGCAAUCACAGCUGCCACGUGGAACGACAGAAGGCGCCACUCAUUUGAGUAGUGAAGAAAUGAUGACGUCAGCAGAACCGGCUGAAGCUAGAAGAAAGAAAGAAAGGAGUCCGAAACCGGCACCCAAGAAAGAAAAAGUGAUCGCUGAUGUUGUGGAGGAUGAUUCAUCUACCAUCGCUCAAUUUGAAUCUUCUUUCAACAAGCCUAAAGCAACCGUUCCACGGACGGCUCCUGUAACCGCUGCUCCACCGAAGAAGCAAGAAAAGGAAAAAGGAUGGGAUGAUGACGCUUGGGAUCUGCUCAACCAAUAG